AUGCGGCUCAAGCCUGUAUCCGUCGUCUCCUUCCUCGUUCUGCUCCUCUUCCACUUCUUCGCCGGCGGUGACGGGCACUUCAUCUACAACGGCUUCGCUGGUGCGCGGCUCGACCUGGACGGCAUGACCGUGGUCGAGCCUGACGGCAAGCUCGCGCUCACCAACAUCACGUCCCAGCUCAAAGGCAGCGCCUUCCACCCGACGCCCCUCCGCUUCCACGAAACCAACGGCACCGUCGCACGGUCCUUCUCGACCACCUUCGUGUUCGCCAUUGUCACCGACCUGGUCACGGUGGGCGGUAACGGCCUCGCCUUCUUCGUCGCGCCCACCAAAAACCUGUCCAUGGCGUCGCCCAGCCAGUUCCUCGGCCUCUUCAACCCCCAGAACAACGGCAACGCGAGCAACCACGUCUUCGCCGUCGAGCUUGACACCAUCCUCAACCCGGAGUUUCGGGACAUCAGCAGCAACCACGUCGGCGUUGACGUGAACGGCCUGGCAUCCGUCGUGGCCGAACCUGCAGGCUACUACGACGACGACACUGGCGAUUUCAAGAACCUGACUCUCAUCGCCGGCGAUGCCAUGCAAGUUUGGGUGGACUACGACGGCCGAUCCACGGUGCUCAACGUGACCCUCGCGCCUGUGGAGGCUCCCAGGCCCAUAAAGCCCCUCAUCUCCGUCACCGUCGACCUCUCGCCGGUGCUGAACGGUACGGCGUACGUCGGCCUCUCGUCGUCGACGGGGCCGUUCCGCACGCGCCACUACGUGCUGGGCUGGAGCUUUGCGCUGGACGGGGCAGCGCCGCCGCUCGGCUACUCAAACCUCCCCAAGCCGCCCCGCAUCGGCGACAGCAAGCGACGGUUCAAGGCGCGCGACGUCAUCCUUCCGGUGGCCACUCCGAUCCUCGCGCUCGCGGUGGUCGCCGGCGUCUCUCUGGUCGUGUGGCGGCAAUUGAGGUACGCGGAGCUGAGGGAGGAGUGGGAGGUGGAGUUCGGGCCGCACCGGUUGGCGUACAAGGAUCUGUACCGCGCCACCGGCGGCUUCGACGGCAAGCACCUUCUCGGCGUGGGCGGGUUCGGGAGGGUGUACAAGGGCGUGCUCCCGGCGUCCAAGAAGGAGGUGGCCGUGAAGGUCGUCGUGUCGCACGACGACGCGAAGCUGGGAUGA